AUGGAAUCAAAGGCUCCUACCAAAUCUAUCGUUAUUCUGGGUGGCUCGUACGGUGGUAUCUCUACAGCUCAUUACCUCCUCAAACAUGCUAUCCCCAAGCUCCCUACUCCUCAGGACUACCGGAUUGUUCUAGUCAGCGCCUCAAAUGAGAUCCUCUGUCGCCCCGCAUGUCCCCGCGCAUUGAUCUCAGAUGAUCUCCUCCCACAAGAAAAGCUCUUCGUCUCUAUCCCCAGUGUCUUUGAACAAUACCCCAGUCAAAACAUCCAGUUCGAGCACGCGACUGCUGAAAAAGUCGACCAUGAAAGCCGUACUGUUCUCAUUCGCUCUGCUGAAGAUGGAUCAGAGAAAGUCCUCGAGUACUAUGCUCUCGUUAUCGCAACUGGUGCAUCAACCACUUCUCCACUACUCAGUCUAAACAAAGAUUCUACAUUCAUCCGCUCACAGUGGUCUCUCUUCCGUGAGAAAAUGAAGACUGCCAAAUCCAUCGUUAUCGCAGGUGGUGGACCCGCUGGUAUUGAGACCGCUGGUGAACUGGGUGAAUACCUAAACGGUCAGGCUGGAUGGUUCUCGUGUAAACAGGAGAAUCCUAAGGUUCGAAUUACUGUCGUUACCUCAGCUGCACAGAUCCUGCCUGUGCUUCGAUCCAGUAUUGCCGAGAAGGCGGAGGGGUACUUGGCUCGUGUUGGUGUGACAGUCAUUAAGAAUACGAAAGUCACCUCCGUGUCACCUUCGGAAUCAGGCACUGAGAUUACACUUGCGACCGAUACGAAGGUCACCUUGUCAGAUGGACAAGAACUUGACGCCGAUAUUUACAUUCCUGCCAUGGGCAUGACGCCGAAUACAGCAUUCCUGGAUGCCACACUACUUACAGGAGAUGGACGGGUGGAUACUAAUGCGACAACGCUGAGAGUUGAUAAUGCUGGUAUCCGUGUCUACGCUGUUGGUGAUGUUGGUUCUUACGCGAAACCGGCCGUGCAUGCUAUUUUGAAUGCUAUCCCUGUUCUUGGCGCUAAUAUCAAGCGCGAUUUACUCCUUGGUGCCGGGACCGAUGAGGCUUCUUUGGGUCCGGAUCGGGAAUACAAGGAGGAUACGCGGGAGACGCAGAUGGUGCCGAUUGGUCGGAGUAAGGGGGUGGGUGCUGCGAUGGGAUUCCAAUUGCCUAGCUUCUUGAUCUGGGCGAUCAAGGGUCGGGAUUAUUGGCUCUGGACAACUGGUGGCCUUUGGAGUGGAAAGCAGUGGAAUAAGGAGUCGUGA